UUGAAAAAUCCGUUCAAUACUAUGUUCUUCCCACCUGACAGAUUCGAGUCCAUCCCUUUAGGUGUGCUGCAUCAAUGACAAGACAAACUUUACAUUUCGACGAACAUGCAAGAAUGAGCUAUCCUUUGCCGACUCUGCUUUCUUUUCUCUACGAGAGCUCAGUUCGUUCUUCAAGCGCCAUAUGUAGAGGCAUUUAUGCGCUCGGAAAUUACGCAUCGUCUUAUCGUGAUUCCAAGAGUGUAGGAGCUCCUAUCUCGUUAACCAAAUAUGAUGUGCGACAUGCAGCAAUACCCUCUUCUAGUACAUGGUCCAGCCUCAUCAUCGCCAUCGUUGCUCUGUGUCUAAUUACUUGUUUCAUACAAACAACACUCAUCCAUCAUCAGAGGCUAUCGGCUCGAAAACGCAGAUUACAUCGAGGUCUUCAAAAGUUUAACAUUCUUGCAUAACGAGACAUAUGUGUAUACCCACCCCAUCGACGCCCUACUCCAUCCACGUUUUGCGACGUCCUUUCUGCGCUUCAUCUCAGGCCCUCGUAUGAAAGUAACUGAUAUGAUCCUUCGAUUGCUCUUAUCACGCACCCCGUGGGACCAUUGCUGUCUUGGGAAUGGUGCAGAUCGUUUCCGUUACGGGCCGUUACGCCACCCUAUUCUGGAGCAAACUUCCCCAAAGCUUCCCUUCGCAACAAGGCUUACCUCAAGCUCGUAGCAUCAUCAGGUGUCGCGAGAUAU